ACUCGGAAGAGACAGAAGCCUGUCAGUGAGACAGAGAGUGGAGAAUGUUACAGGUCACCUUUCCGGAAACCCCUGGCUCAGUUGACCAAUAGACCUCACUGCCUGGAUAGCAGUCAACAUGAGGCUUUUAUCCGCAGCAUUUUGUCCAAACCCUUCAAAGUUCCCAUUCCAAAUUAUAAAGGGCCACUGGGCUUGCGUGCACUGGGUAUCAAACGGGCAGGGCUGAGGAGUCCUCUCCAUGACCCUUUUGAGGAAGGAGCUCUGGUUCUGUACGAGCCCCCGCUGCUGAGUGCCCACGACCAGCUGAAAAUAGACAAGGACAAAGCACCUGUCCAUGUUGUGGUGGAUCCUGUCCUCAGCCGUGUUUUACGGCCCCAUCAGAGAGAAGGAGUGAAAUUCCUCUGGGACUGUGUGACGAGUCGACGGAUCCCCGGGAGUCAUGGCUGUAUCAUGGCAGAUGAAAUGGGGCUGGGUAAAACCCUGCAGUGCAUCACGCUCAUGUGGACGCUCCUCCGGCAAAGUCCGGACUGCAAGCCUGAAAUUGAGAAAGCCAUGGUGGUGUCUCCCUCCAGCCUGGUGAGAAACUGGUACAAUGAAGUAGAGAAAUGGCUGGGGGGAAGGAUCCAGCCACUGGCCAUUGACGGAGGCUCCAAAGAAGAGAUUGACCGUAAAUUAGUUGGCUUUAUGAACCAGCGUGGCCUGCGAGUGCCUUCACCCAUCCUGAUCAUCUCCUAUGAGACCUUCCGACUCCACGCCGAGGCGUUACAGAAGGGCAGUGUGGGGCUGGUCAUAUGUGAUGAGGGCCACAGACUGAAGAACUCUGAAAAUCAAACAUAUCAGGCUCUCAACAGCUUAAAUACGCCUCGACGAGUCCUGAUCUCAGGCACUCCCAUUCAGAAUGACCUGCUUGAGUAUUUCAGCCUGGUGCACUUUGUCAAUUCAGGCAUCCUAGGGACGGCACAGGAAUUUAAAAGGCAUUUUGAAAUUCCCAUCUUGAAAGGCAGAGAUGCAGAUGCAAGUGAGGCUGAGCGACACAAAGGAGAAGAGAGGCUUAAAGAGCUCAUCAGCAUUGUGAACAGGUGUUUAAUCCGAAGAACUUCAGAUAUCCUGUCCAAAUACCUGCCGGUGAAGAUCGAGCAGGUGGUCUGCUGCAGACUGACACCUCUGCAGGCUGAGCUGUACAAGAACUUCCUGAAGCAAGCCAAGCCAGUGGAGGAGCUGAAGGAAGGAAAAAUCAGCGUGUCGUCUCUCUCUUCCAUUACUUCCUUGAAGAAGCUCUGCAAUCACCCUGCUCUUAUCCAUGAUAAAUGUGUGGAGGAGGAAGAAGGUUUUAUGGGAGCGCUGGACUUGUUCCCUGCUGGUUACAGCACCAAAUCUGUGGAGCCUCAACUCUCAGGAAAGAUGCUGGUUUUGGACUACAUCCUUGCUGUUACAAAAAGCACCAGUAACGACAAGGUGGUUUUAGUGUCUAACUACACUCAGACACUGGACCUGUUUGAAAAGCUCUGCAGGAAUAGAAGGUAUUUAUAUGUCCGGCUGGACGGCACCAUGUCCAUUAAAAAAAGAGCAAAGAUUGUGGAGCGAUUCAACAGCCCCUCGAGCCCAGAGUUUAUCUUCAUGUUAAGCAGCAAAGCAGGUGGCUGUGGUUUGAAUUUGAUCGGUGCUAAUAGACUGGUUAUGUUUGACCCCGACUGGAAUCCAGCGAACGAUGAGCAAGCCAUGGCUCGGGUGUGGCGGGAUGGCCAGAAGAAGACGUGCUACAUCUAUCGACUGCUUUCAACGGGCACCAUAGAGGAGAAGAUAUUCCAACGCCAGACUCACAAGAAGGCCCUCAGCAGCUGCGUGGUGGAUGAAGAGCAGGAUGUAGAAAGGCAUUUCUCACUUGGGGAGCUGAAGGAGCUCUUCACAUUGAAUGAGACCACCACCAGUGACACCCAUGACAAGAUCAAGUGUCGUCGCUGUGUGAAUGGCCACCAGGUGCGGCCCCCUCCUCAAGGAUCCGACUGUACCUCUGACCUCUCCCAGUGGAACCACUGUGCCGAUAAGCGGGGGCUGCAGGACUCUGUGCUGAAGGCUGCGUGGGAUGCUGCUGUCACCUUCACCUUUCAUCACCACUCCCAUGAGGAGCAGCGAGGGAUUCCCUAACGGGUUACUGUCCCCUGUGGGGGCAAGGGCAGGCUGCUGUGGCAUCUACCCAGCUUUGGUCCCUUCCAAGGAAAGGGUCAGUGGGUAGCAGUAGGUGCUGUUGUGGGGCUGUGGAACGGCAGAACAGCGCGACUUCUGAGAGGCUGGAAGGCCCCUGGCGUUGGUCGCUCGACUGCAAUGGCAAGAGGUCCAUGGCUUUUUCUCUGCUGUUGUGUGCUU